AUUAGAAACUGGAAAGAGAAGAAUUAAUGACAAAAGCUGACAACGACAACAAAUCCUCAAAUUUGCUGUCAACCAAUAAAUGUUGAUUUUAGUAAAUUAAACAUUGUGCAUUAAUCCAGUAUUACAGAGAAAAGCUGAAACAAAAUAAUUAGCCACUAUAUUGCUAUAAAUGGCCCUAAUAGCAGACGAUACAAUCGCCUUCGGCGAAGAAGACUUACGUGCAGGGGGCCCCAAUGGAGCCCUAACCCACCCCUAUGUCACACUGUUUCAUGUGGGGUUUAGAACUGCCGCAAUUGUGGCCUACAUGCUUUGUGGCUGGUUCAGUGAUAGUUUUAUAACCAGUUUUGUUACCAUCGUGCUGUUACUUUCAAUGGACUUUUGGACUGUUAAAAAUAUCACAGGAAGACUGAUGGUAGGGUUGAGGUGGUGGAAUUAUGUGGAUGAUGAUGGCAAGUCGCAUUGGGUAUACGAAUCGAGAAAGGGUCUCAUUCAGGGUAGAAUAAACGAACGCGAGUCUAAAAUAUUUUGGACAGCUUUAAUUUUAUCACCACUUGUAUGGGGAUUGUUCUUUUUGAUUGCCCUAUUUGGGCUAAAGCUGAAAUGGAUGUUGGUUGUAUUAAUAUCCCUCACUUUAAAUGGAGCGAAUUUGCACGGUUAUAUCCGUUGCAAAGUGGGCAACAAGGACAGUUUAGGCACGGUUACUUCAGAUUUUCUUAAAAAACAAGUGAUGCAGAAUGCGAUUAAUAUUGUUACGCGACCAUCGAACGCCCCUCCGGCUAAUCCUUUAAGUCCGCCAACCAAUACAGUUUAAGUUUAUAAAAAAUUCCAUUGUUAAUGCCCUUAAAAUUUUAUUACUUUUACUUGAUUCUAAAUUAGCGUAAUAUUUACUUUCAAAAUGUAAAUAAUUCUUUUUUUUUUGUGAUUGUGAUAUAUCGGUGUGUAUAUAUACCGAAUUCCUCCAAAGUGACUAGUUUUAUUUCAAAGCUAAUUUAUUUAUUAAGUAUCGGGAUUAAGCGCCGGAUAGUGAAGAUUUAUAUUAUAUUAAUUUUUUAAAUACGUCUAUGGGUUAAUUAAAGUCCAACGUUUAAACAUUUUAUUGUAUUUCAUACGCACAAUAAACACGCUUGAUGUUG